UAAAACAAUGUAUUCAUUGAAAUAUGAAAUAAUAAUUAUUUAGUGGCACCAAAAAAGAAAGUUUAUAUGGAGUAAAAAACAACUAGCUCCAAGAAAAGAAAAUAGAAAGUGAAGCUUGGUGAAUGAGAAUGUCCCUUCCACAUUGUUCGCCUCUCUUCCCGCUCUUCCUUUGCCACCAUCAUCACCCUCCACGCUCUCUCUCACACACUCUUCUCUCCCUCUCAUUUUCACUCUUUCAUGGAUCUCCAUCAAUGAAGAAUCAUCUUUCCAUCUAGACACCACGACAGGCGCCACAGCAAUGAACGACCGAUCCAAUGAAGACGACCGAAGGCACCCUGCCCGCAAAGAAGACGAGAAAAAGACGCGCAAAGAGGAAGAGAAGAGGACCCGCAAAGAAGACAAAAGAAGCUUCCCCGCCCGAAAACACAACUCCAAAACCAAAGACAAAUCCGACGAAGAAUCUCGUAAAGCCCCUACUGGCAAACACGCAGCCAAAGGCCACGCCAAAUUCGAAGAACAGAAAACUAAAGCGCAUGAUAAGAUCCAAGGAGACGACCGGACCCGAAAACAGAAUGCCAAAACGAACGAUAGGUUCGAGCAAGACAAUAGUCGGAAACAGAAUGAUAGGUUGGAAGAAGACGACAGGGGCAGGAUUGAACAAGCUAGCAAAACUAAAGUUGUCCAAAAUCAUAAUAUUAAGACGGCGGAGAGAUGCCAAGAAGACGCCACGGCUCCACAAGACGAGAACGACAGGUGCAUGCUAGCGGGGGUAUCCACCUCGCCUCCGUGCCGGAAGAAUCAGUCCUACAGCCACCAGCUGAGGACGAACACGGCGCCGCACGGCGCCAACAAGCGCCAGCACCAGCUCCGGAAACACAGCCUCGACGAGAACCGCAUCUUGAACCACCACCAAGGGGGAAACGACUCCUCCGAAGAAGACGAUUUUUAUCCCUACUCUACUGUUACCGGCAGUGCGGCCAAUGUUGAUAACCAGAAGAUUGAGGUCGACGGAGGCAGUGGCGGUGACGACCCGCAUCAGCCCUUGAUGGAGUUUAUGGGUAAUGGUGGCGGUGUCGGUCUGUUCAAGGCGCCUAGUAGAGCACCAGUCAACCCCAACCGCCCACCUUGCAUCGAGCUUCGCCCCCAUCCCUUGAGAGAAACUCAGGUGGGGAAGUUUAUAAGGACAAUCACAAGCACAGAAGCACAGUUGUGGGCAGGCCAAGAAUCAGGGGUGAGAGUGUGGAACUAUGCAGAUGCAUAUAAGCCCGGGAUAGGGAUGAGUGGGAGGGUGAGAAGAGGCGACGAGGAUGCUGCACCUUUCUUCGAAUCAGCAAGCACACCCCCAACCACAUGCCUCAUUGUUGAUCAAGGGUGCAAGCUGGUGUGGAGUGGCCACAAAGAUGGUAAAAUCAGAUCAUGGAAGAUGGACCUCAAUUUCUCCGACGAGAAUAGCUUCAGAGAAUAUUUUUGUUGGCAGGCACAUCGUGGCCCCGUUCUUUCCAUGGACGUUUCUUCUUACGGUAGCAUCUUAUUUCUCUAUGUCAAAAUCACAUUUACUCCUAGUAACAGUUCGCUUAAACUAUUCUCGUGUGUCUGUCACGUAGGUGAUAUAUGGACAGGAUCUGAGGGCGGCUCUAUAAGGGUCUGGCCAUGGGAAGCUGUGGAGAAAUCGCUCUCUCUCUCAGCAGAGGAAAGACACAUGGCUACUCUGUUGGUGGAGCGCUCCUGCAUUGACCUCAAGAGCAAUGUUACAGUUAAUGGCGCGAGUAGCAUUUCUUCUUCAGAUAUCAAAGCUUUGUUGUGUGAUCAUGUCCAUGCCAAAGUCUGGGUUGCGGGUUCAUCAUCCUUCUCCUUCUGGGAUGCUCGUACAAGGGAGCUUAUAAAAGUGUUCACCGUGGAUGGUCAGACAGAGAAUCGGCCCGAGGAGAAAUCCUCCCAAGAACAACCGGUUGAAGAUGAGGCAAAUGUUAAGCUUGUGACCAAGUCGAAGAAGGAGAAGUCCAACUUCUUGCAGCGCUCACGUAAUGCCAUCAUGGGAGCUGCGGAUGCUGUCAGAAGAGCAGCAAAGGGAGGUGGGACGUCUGAGGAUGGAAAGAGAACUGAGGCCAUAGUGUUGGCAUCCGAUGGGAUGAUCUGGACCGGCUCUUCAAACGGCACACUCAUUCAGUGGGAUGGAAAUGGAAACCGUUUGCAAGAGUACACUCACCACCCUUGUGGCAUCCUGUGUUUCUGCUGUUAUGGUGCUCGAAUAUGGAUCGGAUACGUAAGCGGAAUGGUGCAGAUCAUCGACCUAGAAGGGAAUCUGCUAGCCGGCUGGGUCACACAUAAUGGGCCGGUUAUAAAGUUGGUUGUUGGCAAUGGAUGCAUGUACAGCUUGGCGACUCAUGGAGGCAUACGUGGAUGGCACGUCUCCUCACCCUCGCCUGUGGAUGACAUACUACGCACGCAGCUAUCUGAUAGGGAGAUCAUAUACACGAGGCUGGAGAAUAUGAGGAUUUUGGUCGGGACGUGGAAUGUUGGACAAGGUAGAGCCUCCCACGCGGCCCUCAUGUCGUGGCUGGGGUCUUCUGUAGCAGACGUGGGCAUUGUUGUUGUAGGCCUACAAGAAGUGGAGAUGGGAGCCGGUUUUCUUGCAAUGUCAGCUGCAAAAGAAACUGUAGGGCUAGAAGGAAGUACUAUUGGGCAAUGGUGGCAAGAUCACAUCGGUAAGGCCUUGGACGAAGACAAUACCUUUGAACGUGUGGGGUCUCGCCAGCUAGCCGGGUUGAUGAUAGCAAUCUGGGUGAGGAAGACUCUGCGGAGCCACGCUGGGGAUCUUGAUGUUUCAGCAGUCGCAUGUGGUUUGGGUCGAGCGAUUGGUAAUAAGGGAGGAGUAGGGUUGCGACUGAGAGUGUAUGACCGGAUAAUGUGCUUCGUUAACUGCCACUUGGCAGCGCAUUUGGAUGCAGUGAACAAGAGGAAUUCCGAUUUUGAUCAUAUAUUCCGGAACAUGACAUUCACAAGAUCAUCAAACUUGCUCAACAACUCUGCAGCCGGUGUGUCAUCUGCCGCUCAGAUGUCUCGUCCCUCCAAUAGUGACAAGAGCCCUGAUGAUGGCAAGCCUGAUCUUGCUGAAGCGGAUAUGGUCAUCUUCUUUGGUGAUUUCAACUACCGUCUCUUUGGCAUAUCAUACGACGAGGCAAGAGACUUUGUUUCUCAAAGAAGCUUCGACUGGCUUCGGGAGAAAGACCAGCUCCGGGAAGAGAUGAAAGCUGGUAAAGUCUUCCAAGGGAUGCGUGAGGCGCUUGUUAGGUUUCCACCCACCUACAAGUUCGAAAGAGGAAAACCAGGAUUAGGAGGCUAUGAUUCGGGUGAGAAGAAAAGGAUCCCAGCCUGGUGCGACAGAGUUCUAUAUCGCGAUAACAGAUCAAAUCCGGCAGAUGAAUGCAGUUUAGAGUGCCCCGUUGUGGCUUCCAUAUUCCAGUAUGAGGCACGUAUGGAUGUGACUGAAAGCGAUCACAAGCCGGUGCGAUGUAAGCUUAACGUAGACAUUGCUCACGUUGAUAGAUCAGUGAGGAGGCAGGAGUUCGGAAAGAUUCUUGAGUCGAAUGAAUCAAUUAGACCACACCUCCAAGCACUACGCUUUGUGCCUGAAACCAAUCUCAACACCAACAUGAUAAUACUAAAUAAUCAAGAUACCAUCAGCUUCAACAUCACAAACCAGAGCAUGGAACACUCUGCCUUCUAUGAAAUCCUAUGCCAAGGUCAGACCACCGUCAACGAGAACGAGGUAACAUCUGAUUACCGCCCUAGAGCCUCGCUUGGUUUUCCAAGAUGGCUUCAGGUCACUCCUGCAGCUGGCAUGAUCGCACCCGAUCAAGUUACAGUGGUGGCCGUGCAUCACGAGGAGUUCCACACGUCCGAGGAGUUUGUUGAUGGGAUCCCUCAAAGCUGGUGGUCUGAAGACACAAGAGACAAAGAGGUGAUCUUACUGGUAAAUAUAAGAGGAAGCUGCACGGCACAACCAAGAACUCACCGGGUGCACGUACGCCACAUUUACUCCGAGAACCUUCCUUUGGCUAUUGUCCCGGCAGCUCAACCUUCCAUGGAACCAAAACGGAAUACUUCCAAGAAACAUGGAGGUUCCCACAAAGGAGGUCAACAUUGAUGUAGCUUGAGACAAUCCUCUAUUUACCCAGACUCUCGUGCACUCUCCUCAAGCUUGCCGAUGCAUACAGUCAUUAUGUAAAAUUGUACAUAGUUACCUAGCUAUUAGUAGAAAAUCAUUUUCCAAUUUCUCAAGAGGGUGGCUAUCUCAGUAAUAUGAAGCAUGGCAUCAGAUUUCGAUGAGGAAUAUAUACGAUGAACAAACAAACGAGGAUUUCAAAAUCAGACUUUCUUAUUUCUGAUAAUGUGUUGUACACUUGUACCAAAUAUAGGCAAGAUCAAUUACCAAAAUAUAGCUAAUAGCAGCUCAUGGUAGACUGAUAGCUCCUAUUUAGAACUUCUCAAUAUACUCUACCACAGUGUAUAGACAGCGUGGAACUUUCGAUAUGCAAGGUAACAUAAGAUAUAUGUUUCUGUCCUGAGUUGAGGCCAACAUCAGGUGGUUAGUAGUACUCACAAUCACGUUUGAGCAGCUACUUUUACCAUAGACAGAGACAAGGAAUAGGAAAGAGUACUUAUGUGUCUCAUCCUUGAGUAUUCCAGCCUAUGCCAAACCACACAAUAGCACAUGGAGACAAUUGUCGUCAACAUUAUCGAACCACCAAUCACAUUAGCAGAUAAUGCAAGCCAUUGCUGGUGAGUUCCAACAACAAUGUAGAUAUGAAGAGACAAGCCAGCCACAUGAGCUUGUUUAUGACAAACAUGAGUUGCUUCCUUGGCCUUCUGCUCUAUCAUGACCACAGAUGUUUGUACAACAACCACGGCCAGGAAGAUGAAUAAGACCACACUGUCAAAUAAAAUGAAUAUUAUGAAAGCAGCUUUGUUCGCGAUGUGAGCUUCCCCUACCGAAAACCCUUCCUGUAGAGCCUCAACAUACUGACCAGGCAUGGUGGAUAUAGCAGCAAAAGCAAUAGUAGCAAUGUGAACAGCAACGACAGUGGCAGAAAUGAUGGCGUUGUUGAGACCCUCGAUUUAAAGCUUUUCACUUUCUUUGCAAUGUUCUGUACCCUGAACCUCGUCUGACAGGUCUGCUAGAGUUAGGACUGGACGUCAUGCUUGAUAUAACUAACCGUCUGUUUGAGCUGCUUUGCUGAAGUCGGGGGGUUUCCCUUGAUCUUUGGAAUGAACGGCUCCGCUUCCUUCAUAUGGUGACUAGCUCCGGAUUUCCAAACUUCCCUAUGAUAUCUAGAGGUGUCUCUCUGGCACUGUUACUAGAGUUCACGUUGGUCCCCUCCGCGGAUAGUAAACACUGCACCAUCUGCAAAGCAUAUGGUACCAUAUAUCAACAUUUGUAUUUGAACUUCUAGACCUGAUUUCACCCCUUUCUUGUUGCUAUGUGAAGUGCAGUAUUUCCCUUGAUAUCUUCAACAUAUAAUGGGUCAGGUUUUAUGGGCUCUCUUACAAUCUCCUCAUUCUUCCCUUUGAUCGCCAUGUGUAAUGCUGUCUGACCUUUUGUAUCAGUUUUAAAGCCGAUGUUUUGAUUUUUAUCCCACAGAGGCUUCACACCACUUCCAAGUGCCCCAUUCUUUCCGUAGUAUGAAGCACACUCUUUCCAUUGUUUCGAGCAUUCGUAGCUAGGUUUGAAUAAGUUCCCAAAAGCAAAUUUUUACCACGCCAGUGUGCCCCUGUGCAGUUACUGUGUGAAGGAUAAUAGAAUUGGUGAUAUCUGUCGUCAUCACCAGGCUGGGGAAGAAACGGAGCAACUCCUUCAG